AUGUUGGCAUCUAAAGCACAGGCCCAAGUACCAGCCAGCAGCCUCACUUGCGAUCCCUCAACUCUCAACACGACAAGUUUCAACUAUGUCAAUGAUAUCACCAAUCAAACCGUGCAUCAAAUUGCCAAGGAAUUCAAUCGAGGAGUCUUGGUGGAUGUAUCCGUGGUGCCCAACGUUGGGCAAACCAUCAUUAUCCCCGGCGAAGUCUUUGGAGGUCCGCGCUUAUACUACACUUUGAACGGAGACACGAUGUGGAAGAUUGCCGGGCGUCUAAACAUGACUCUUAAUGCAGUCCGCUGUGGCGGUGAUGAUUGCGAUACAGCGAAGACUACAAAUUGCACCGAUGGUAUUUGCCCUAGUGGCGGUGGUGCUGAGUAUACCGCCAAUGAGACUAUUGCUGCUGGUCAAUUCAUCAAGAUCCCGAUGUGUCAUCCCAGUACUUGUGAUAUCGAGCCGUACACUUUCAGCCAGGGUGUUUAUAAGGAUCUUGCGGACAGAUAUGGUUCGACGGUCGGACAGAUUCAGAUGUUGAGCCCGACGUACAACUACAGCUAUAUCGCUAAUGAGGGUAGAACGUAUCCUCCUAUUGGGCUGGCGAAGAACUGCCGACUUCUGUCCUCUAAUUAUACUGUUUUGAGUUGA